AUGGUCCUUCAAUUCUCGUCGGGUGAUUUUGCAAAAUUCGGUGAUAAAUACGGAUUUCGUCAUACAAUCAGCAGCCCGCAUUACCCUGUGGGUAACGGUGAAGCGGAGAGAGCAGUGGAGGCAGUUAAAGGACUUCUUAACAAAGCGGAUGAUCCUUACCUCGCUAUGUUAAGUUACCGUUCUAAUCCUCUUCAAAAUGGAUUUACACCUUCUGAACUGUUGAUGGGAAGGAAACUCAGAACUAAAGUUCCAGUUUUGCCUUCUACACUUGUUCCCGAUUGGCAUGGGAAAAACGUAGAAUCAGGCGACCAAAAGCAGAAGGAGAGACAGAAACAGAAGUGUGGAAAAUGA